UUGCACGUUGAGGAUGUAGGAGAGAUGAGGAAGGCUUUCUCGGUCUUCGAUCAGGAUGGAUCAGGCAACAUCAGCGUGUUGGAGCUCAACAAGGUGUUCGAAUCCUGUGGAGUCAAGUUGAACAUGACGGAGCUCGAGGCAAUAGUCAAGGAGGUGGACAAGGACGGUGGAGGAGAGAUCGGGUUCUCCGAGUUCGUUGCUCUCAUGGUGCAGCAAGGAGCCAUCAAGUCCGACCCGCUCAUCAAGGCGCGGGCCGCUUUUGACCACUUUGACAUC